UCGAGGCCAGCCUGCCAGAGGCAGAGGUCAAGGCUGGCGCCGUCGACAUCAGCAUCUCGGCGCCCGACAUCAAGCUGCCCUCCGUGGAAGGCUCCCUUGACCUCCAGGCACCCGAGGUAGACGUGAAAGUACCCUCCGCCGAAGGCUCGCUCGACGGAGCCGAGCUGGAAGCCACGGGCCUCAAAGGGAAGUUUAAGAUGCCCAAGUUCGACAAGCCCAAAUUCGGAGUGUCGGCGCCCAAGGCGGAAGGGCCCGAAGGCGAGGUCAGCCUGCCCACCGCUGAGGUCGACCUGCCCUCUGGCACCGUGACGGUGGCAGGGGAAGGCCCUGCACUGGGCCUCAAAGCUGACGUUGCCGGUGCCAAGACCGAAGGGGCUGGCUGGAAGCUGGAAAAGCCCUCCCUCAAAAUGCCCAAAGCUGACAUCAAAGCUCCCAAGGUGGACAUCAGCCUGCCCUCCGUCGACGUCACCCUUCCGAAGGCCAGCGUCGAGCUGCAGGCGCCCGAGGCGGCGCUCGCCCUCGAAGGGGAAGCAAAAGCCCCAGAGAAGGAGGCCACGAAGGCCAAGGACGGCAAGUUCAAAAUGCCCAAGUUCGGCAUGCCUUCCUUUGGCUGGUCCAGCAGCAGAGAGGCCAAGGGCACCGUGGCCGCCGAUGUGGACGUGAGCCUCAAGGAGCCCCAAGUGACGGCGCCCUCGGGAACCGCCGACGUUGAGGUGACCCUGCCCAGGGCCGAGAUCCAAGCUCCUGGCGUCGAGGUGACCAUUGAGACAGCCGCUGGCGGAGACGGGGAGAAAGGACGGUUCAAAAUGCCCGACGUCAAGAUGCCCAGCGUCAAGCUGCCCAAAGUCAAAGCGCCCCACGUGCAGGUCAGCCUGCCAAAGGGCGAGAUCUCCGUGCCCAAAGCCCAGGCCGAAAUCCCGGAGGGCGAGCUCACCCUGCACGGCCCCGACGCCGAAGGCAGCCUGGACGUGCCUGCCGGCAAAGUGGAGGGCAGCGGCAUGAAAAUACACAUGCCAAAAGUCAAGGUGCCCAGCGUGGCCUUCUCCAAGCCGACCGUCAAGGCUCCCAAAGUCGAGGCGGACGUCAGCCUGCCCAAAGUCGAGGCCAGCCUGCCAGAGGCAGAGGUCAAGGCUGGCGCCGUCGACAUCAGCAUCUCGGCGCCCGACAUCCAGCUGCCCUCCGUGGAAGGCUCCCUUGACCUCCAGGCACCCGAGGUAGACGUGAAAGUGCCCUCCGCCGAAGGCUCGCUCGACGGAGCCGAGCUGGAAGCCACGGGCCUCAAAGGGAAGUUUAAGAUGCCCAAGUUCGACAAGCCCAAAUUCGGAGUGUCGGCGCCCAAGGCGGAAGGGCCCGAAGGCGAGGUCAGCCUGCCCACCGCUGAGGUCGACCUGCCCUCUGGCACCGUGACGGUGGCAGGGGAAGGCCCUGCACUGGGCCUCAAAGCUGACGUUGCCGGUGCCAAGACCGAAGGGGCUGGCUGGAAGCUGGAAAAGCCCUCCCUCAAAAUGCCCAAAGCUGACAUCAAAGCUCCCAAGGUGGACAUCAGCCUGCCCUCCGUCGACGUCACCCUUCCGAAGGCCAGCGUCGAGCUGCAGGCGCCCGAGGCGGCGCUCGCCCUCGAAGGGGAAGCAAAAGCCCCAGAGAAGGAGGCCACGAAGGCCAAGGACGGCAAGUUCAAAAUGCCCAAGUUCGGCAUGCCUUCCUUUGGCUGGUCCAGCAGCAGAGAGGCCAAGGGCACCGUGGCCGCCGAUGUGGACGUGAGCCUCAAGGAGCCCCAAGUGACGGCGCCCUCGGGAACCGCCGACGUUGAGGUGACCCUGCCCGGGGCCGAGAUCCAAGCUCCCGGCGUCGAGGUGACCAUUGAGACAGCCGCUGGCGGAGACGGGGAGAAAGGACGGUUCAAAAUGCCCGACGUCAAGAUGCCCAGCGUCAAGCUGCCCAAAGUCAAAGCGCCCCACGUGCAGGUCAGCCUGCCAAAGGGCGAGAUCUCCGUGCCCAAAGCCCAGGCCGAAAUCCCGGAGGGCGAGCUCACCCUGCACGGCCCCGACGCCGAAGGCAGCCUGGACGUGCCUGCCAGCAAAGUGGAGGGCAGCGGCAUGAAAAUACACAUGCCAAAAGUCAAGGUGCCCAGCGUGGCCUUCUCCAAGCCGACCGUCAAGGCUCCCAAAGUCGAGGCGGACGUCAGCCUGCCCAAAGUCGAGGCCAGCCUGCCAGAGGCAGAGGUCAAGGCUGGCGCCGUCGACAUCAGCAUCUCGGCGCCCGACAUCAAGCUGCCCUCCGUGGAAGGCUCCCUUGACCUCCAGGCACCCGAGGUAGACGUGAAAGUGCCCUCCGCCGAAGGCUCGCUCGACGGAGCCGAGCUGGAAGCCACGGGCCUCAAAGGGAAGUUUAAGAUGCCCAAGUUCGACAAGCCCAAAUUCGGAGUGUCGGCGCCCAAGGCGGAAGGGCCCGAAGGCGAGGUCAGCCUGCCCACCGCUGAGGUCGACCUGCCCUCUGGCACCGUGACGGUGGCAGGGGAAGGCCCUGCACUGGGCCUCAAAGCUGACGUUGCCGGUGCCAAGACCGAAGGGGCUGGCUGGAAGCUGGAAAAGCCCUCCCUCAAAAUGCCCAAAGCUGACAUCAAAGCUCCCAAGGUGGACAUCAGCCUGCCCUCCGUCGACGUCACCCUUCCGAAGGCCAGCGUCGAGCUGCAGGCGCCCGAGGCGGCGCUCGCCCUCGAAGGGGAAGCAAAAGCCCCAGAGAAGGAGGCCACGAAGGCCAAGGAUGGCAAGUUCAAAAUGCCCAAGUUCGGCAUGCCUUCCUUUGGCUGGUCCAGCAGCAGAGAGGCCAAGGGCACCGUGGCCGCCGAUGUGGACGUGAGCCUCAAGGAGCCCCAAGUGACGGCGCCCUCGGGAACCGCCGACGUUGAGGUGACCCUGCCCGGGGCCGAGAUCCAAGCUCCCGGCGUCGAGGUGACCAUUGAGACAGCCGCUGGCGGAGACGGGGAGAAAGGACGGUUCAAAAUGCCCGACGUCAAGAUGCCCAGCGUCAAGCUGCCCAAAGUCAAAGCGCCCCACGUGCAGGUCAGCCUGCCAAAGGGCGAGAUCUCCGUGCCCAAAGCCCAGGCCGAAAUCCCGGAGGGCGAGCUCACCCUGCACGGCCCCGACGCCGAAGGCAGCCUGGACGUGCCUGCCGGCAAAGUGGAGGGCAGCGGCAUGAAAAUACACAUGCCAAAAGUCAAGGUGCCCAGCGUGGCCUUCUCCAAGCCGACCGUCAAGGCUCCCAAAGUCGAGGCGGACGUCAGCCUGCCCAAAGUCGAGGCCAGCCUGCCAGAGGCAGAGGUCAAGGCUGGCGCCGUCGACAUCAGCAUCUCGGCGCCCGACAUCAAGCUGCCCUCCGUGGAAGGCUCCCUUGACCUCCAGGCACCCGAGGUAGACGUGAAAGUGCCCUCCGCCGAAGGCUCGCUCGACGGAGCCGAGCUGGAAGCCACGGGCCUCAAAGGGAAGUUUAAGAUGCCCAAGUUCGACAAGCCCAAAUUCGGAGUGUCGGCGCCCAAGGCGGAAGGGCCCGAAGGCGAGGUCAGCCUGCCCACCGCUGAGGUCGACCUGCCCUCUGGCACCGUGACGGUGGCAGGGGAAGGCCCUGCACUGGGCCUCAAAGCUGACGUUGCCGGUGCCAAGACCGAAGGGGCUGGCUGGAAGCUGGAAAAGCCCUCCCUCAAAAUGCCCAAAGCUGACAUCAAAGCUCCCAAGGUGGACAUCAGCCUGCCCUCCGUCGACGUCACCCUUCCGAAGGCCAGCGUCGAGCUGCAGGCGCCCGAGGCGGCGCUCGCCCUCGAAGGGGAAGCAAAAGCCCCAGAGAAGGAGGCCACGAAGGCCAAGGACGGCAAGUUCAAAAUGCCCAAGUUCGGCAUGCCUUCCUUUGGCUGGUCCAGCAGCAGAGAGGCCAAGGGCACCGUGGCCGCCGAUGUGGACGUGAGCCUCAAGGAGCCCCAAGUGACGGCGCCCUCGGGAACCGCCGACGUUGAGGUGACCCUGCCCGGGGCCGAGAUCCAAGCUCCCGGCGUCGAGGUGACCAUUGAGACAGCCGCUGGCGGAGACGGGGAGAAAGGACGGUUCAAAAUGCCCGACGUCAAGAUGCCCAGCGUCAAGCUGCCCAAAGUCAAAGCGCCCCACGUGCAGGUCAGCCUGCCAAAGGGCGAGAUCUCCAUGCCCAAAGCCCAGGCCGAAAUCCCGGAGGGCGAGCUCACCCUGCACGGCCCCGACGCCGAAGGCAGCCUGGACGUGCCUGCCGGCAAAGUGGAGGGCAGCGGCAUGAAAAUACACAUGCCAAAAGUCAAGGUGCCCAGCGUGGCCUUCUCCAAGCCGACCGUCAAGGCUCCCAAAGUCGAGGCGGACGUCAGCCUGCCCAAAGUCGAGGCCAGCCUGCCAGAGGCAGAGGUCAAGGCUGGCGCCGUCGACAUCAGCAUCUCGGCGCCCGACAUCAAGCUGCCCUCCGUGGAAGGCUCCCUUGACCUCCAGGCACCCGAGGUAGACGUGAAAGUGCCCUCCGCCGAAGGCUCGCUCGACGGAGCCGAGCUGGAAGCCACGGACCUCAAAGGGAAGUUUAAGAUGCCCAAGUUCGACAAGCCCAAAUUCGGAGUGUCGGCGCCCAAGGCGGAAGGGCCCGAAGGCGAGGUCAGCCUGCCCACCACUGAGGUCGACCUGCCCUCUGGCACCGUGACGGUGGCAGGGGAAGGCCCUGCACUGGGCCUCAAAGCUGACGUUGCCGGUGCCAAGACCGAAGGGGCUGGCUGGAAGCUGGAAAAGCCCUCCCUCAAAAUGCCCAAAGCUGACAUCAAAGCUCCCAAGGUGGACAUCAGCCUGCCCUCCAUCGACGUCACCCUUCCGAAGGCCAGCGUCGAGCUGCAGGCGCCCGAGGCGGCGCUCGCCCUCGAAGGGGAAGCAAAAGCCCCAGAGAAGGAGGCCACGAAGGCCAAGGACGGCAAGUUCAAAAUGCCCAAGUUCGGCAUGCCUUCCUUUGGCUGGUCCAGCAGCAGAGAGGCCAAGGGCACCGUGGCCGCCGAUGUGGACGUGAGCCUCAAGGAGCCCCAAGUGACGGCGCCCUCGGGAACCGCCGACGUUGAGGUGACCCUGCCCGGGGCCGAGAUCCAAGCGGCUGGUAUUGAUGUUGGUCUUGGUACAUCCUCCGUGAAGGAGGAGGCUGUUGCUAAAACUAAGACUUCUUUAUUUAGAAUUCCUAAGGUUUCACUUCCUAAAA